AUGCUCGCUGCGUGUCUGGAGUUUCUCGGCCUCGCGCUGUGCGUCACGGGCUCCCUGCUGGUGAUGGUCGCGUGCGGGCUGCCCAUGUGGAAGGUGACGGCGUUCAUCGACUCCAACAUCGUGGUGGCGCAGACCAUCUGGGACGGCCUGUGGAUGUCCUGCGUGGUGCAGAGUACCGGCCAGAUGCAGUGUAAAAGCCACGACUCUGUCCUGGCGCUGACGCAGGACCUGCAGACGGCGCGCGCUCUCACGGUCAUCUCCGCCGUGCUGGGAGUGGUCGCGCUCACGGUGACCAUCGCCGGGGCGCAGUGCACCAACUGCAUCAAGGACGAGCCGCUGAAGGCGAAGGUGGUGCACGCAGGCGGGGUGAUCUACAUAAUUUGCGCGCUCUUCGUGCUCGUGCCGCUCUGCUGGAUGGCCAACAACAUCAUCGUGGACUUCCACGACCCGCAGGUGCCUUCGUCCAAGAAGAGGGAGAUCGGCGCGGCCAUCUACAUCGGCUGGGCCGCCACCGCGCUGCUGCUGGUGGGAGGAACUCUGCUGUGCUGCUCCUUCUCUCAGGGGGUCAGAGGCUCCUACCCCAUCAAGUACGCGCCCACCAAGAGCAUCACGACCAACGGGGACUUUGACAAGAAGCACUACGUCUGA